AUGUCAACAACAAGAAGCGGGACUAGUCCAGGAAUCAGCUUAGGGUCAAUGAAUCGCAUUAACUUGGAUGGAAGCAAUGUGGGGGCAACAUGUUUCAUCCGUCGCGGCAUCUUGAGUGACCCACCGGAACGUUGUUGCUGCAUCAACAUGUAUAGCAACAGCAACGUUCAAGGGAGCAACAGUAGUGUACUGCUGGGGAGUAACAUAAGGAUCAAGAAUUCAGGGGUUCAUCUGUAUUUCGGGGACUUGAAGUUAGGGGAAGAACCACGAUCAACGAGCAGGAGAGCAGCCGAGUUUGGUACCAUUGUGUUGCUUCCACUUCUUUUAUUUUUGUGCCUAUUAUCUUCAAUGCUAAUGCGGUGGUAG